GCGGUACGGUAGGUUUUUUGGCAGGCAUGGAUUAUGUGCUUCUCCGCUAAAUGCCGAUUCUGCCGUUUUUGAUCGAAUUACGUUGUUAUUGCUGACUAUGUCCGAAAAGCAUGCUUUCGCAAAAAUUUUCAACCUAAAGACAAAUAUUAUCCGAAAAACAGUAUGACUUACACUACGGUUUACUUGUGAUCACUUCAAAUUUCAAAUCACGGGACACAGGAGAAAAGGUCCACUCAGUUUCUGAAGCAGAGAAUCAGUGUUGCUUUAAUGCGAGGUAACGCUGCGUGUGUUCAGGAAACGUUUUGUAUCGGUAAGAGACUGGAUGAAGUGUACUAUGUGUUGAAGUGAUGAGAACUGCGUAAUUUUGAGUUUAACCAAUGUUAAGUUGAAUGACCCAAUAAAUCUGCAUUCUUCAAAUUUACUGUAUACGGCGAAUCAUCUGCGUAUAACAAAAAGCCAAAAGGUGUGUUUGGCCGGUGCAGUUUUUCUUUUUGUUGAGACGCUGACCACCGAAAAAUCCGAGUUAUAUUAUGAUAUUAUUAUCCGCUCGUGCUGUCUGGGUUGCGCCCUUAAACUGUGCACAGCUUUAUUGGUUUUUGCCUGGAGAUCUGUACAUCAAUUAAGCGGUAUGUUCCUUUACUUUAUCGAGUGUUUAGCGUGGUCAAGUGGUGUAGAGUUCCAGUAGGCACUAUCCAUAAUGGAACCGCCAGUUGUCGAUCCUGUAUCGCUGAAAACGCACGCUGCAUCGCAUCCAGCUGGAUAUGACAAUCAUUCAUACGACGAUUCGGACGCAUCCAAGUUUGUCCGUGUUUCUGACAAUGUCGGUCAUCGGACGCCGCAGGAAAGUGUCCGUGCUUCGUAUAAGCAAGAUGGUGAUGCAGUUUCAUUGAGUAGAUCGACCCACGAUGAUGGCGAGACAGGCGAAAAGGGAAGUGUCGAUGGGCGGAAACCGGACACGGACAGCCAAAUGAAUGAAGCGGCUGCGCACAAAGAUCCCUUAUCCGAGAAAUUUGAGCAUGAUCCAGAAACCGCCAAAUCAAAGUUCGGCCCUGUACAGAUUAUAUCCGCUGCUGAGGAAAAAAUUCGGAAUUUUUUCAAAGUGAACCGGCGAAUUCUUCGCAUUGCCCUUUACAGUAUUCUUUUCUGUGCCUACAAUGCUUUUCUCAUAUAUGCCUGCGUUCGCGAUUUUUCCAAAGCGAAAAAACUCUUCAUCCUGACCGUGGUUGUGUAUGUCUGCGUAAUCUACUUCAAAUUUGUCAGCAAGCCAUUAUGGAGCAGAGUUGCUAUUUACACAAAGCCACUUCGGAAAUAUUUACGACAACACAGGAAAAAUCGGAAAAGAAUCCAGGUGGUCCUGUUUUUCUGUGCAGUGAUUAUUUUCCUGGGCGUGGAUUGCGCGAAGUCACCGCGGCGCUUACAGAGUUUAACAGGAAUAUUUGGAAUAAUCCUUUUUGGAUUCCUUAUUUCGAAAUAUCCAGCACGAGUGAACUGGUAUACCGUUGUUUGGGGUAUUGCCAUUCAGCUGAUAUUUGGUUUAAUUGUUUUGCGAUGGGAUGCUGGUCGGUCUGUAUUUGUUUGGAUGGGAGACCUUGUGGAGUCUAUCAUAACUUUUACGGAUGCCGGUUCGGAGUUCGUCUUCGGUGCAAAUUUCAGGGAGCAUUUUUUUGCCUUUGCGGUCUGUCCUGUGAUAGUGUUCUUCGGCUUCCUUAUUGCGGCACUGUAUUAUCUGGGCGUGAUGCAGUGGGUCAUCGUAAAAAUUGGGUGGUUAUUAUAUGUUACACUGGGAACCACUGCCUGCGAAUCCUUUGCUGCUGCAGCGAAUAUAUUCGUCGGUAUGACCGAAGCUCCGUUAAUGGUUAGGCCUUACCUCGACGUCAUGACAAAGAGCGAACUCCACGCUUUGUUUGUCGGGGGAUUCGCCAAUGUUGCCGGCUCCGUUUUGGCUGCUUACAUCAGCUUCGGAGUAAGCGCUGUCCACUUACUGUCAGCAUCCAUUAUGUCGGCUCCUUGUUCACUGGCGCUAGCCAAAUUAGUCUACCCGGAAGUGGAACCCUCGAAAACUGGUUUCGAUCACGUUACGGCAAUGGAUCGAGGUGCUGAACAAAACCUUCUUGAAGCGGCCACUGUCGGUGCCCAACAGACAGUCAAAUUAAUUAGCUACAUUGUAGCCAAUCUCAUCUCGUGCCUGGCGGCACUGAAGAUGUUCAAUUUUCUUCUGGAAUACCUGGGCGGUUUGGUUGGCAUUCACGGUCUGACGUUUGAGUUUAUUUGUGGCUAUAUAUUCGUUCCCUUGGCGUGGUCAAUGGGAUGCGACUGGGAGGACGUGACGGAAGUUGGCUCUCUUGUUGGAACCAAAACCAUUCUCAACGAGUUUAUCGCUUACACGAAACUUGGUGAACUUAUUAAAAACCGGACAAUUACCGAGCGAUCGGAGGUUGUGGCCACUUAUGCGUUAUGUGGAUUUUCAAACAUUACAUCACUGGGCAUCACCAUUGGAGGAAUGGCUGCCAUGGCGCCAGCGCGAAGAUCGGACAUUAUCAGCGUAGGAUUCCGCUCGCUAGUCACCGGAUGCUUGUCGUGCUUUAUGUGCGCUAGCUUAGCUUCUCUGUUGAUCGAUGUCUGAACCAGUAUGAAAGCAUGGAUAUCACCUUGGUUUUUCCUUGGAAUUCGCUUGUUGCAUGUUGUACUGAUUUACUGUAUUCGUGCACUUUUUACUUGCUGUUUAUUGUUGAACCUUACUUACAGCGAAAGUAGAUUUUUAAAAAGCGUAAUUAUUUGUCGUUGCGACGAAUUUAUUCUUGCACAGAUAGAUAUCCUUCGAAAAUAUUAUCGGUUUAAAUUUUCGUGUAAAUGUCGAUGUUGUAAACAGUUUGUCUCUUGUACAUAUUUUCAACUGC